AUGGGCAAAUCGACAAACGACGAAAACACCUCAUCUUCGAUGUCGUCGAAGGACUUGGAGAAGUUGGAAAAGAAAUUGAAGAAAGCUGAAGAGAAAAUGAAGAAAGCCGAGGAGAAGAUGAGAGUUGCCAAAGAGGAGUUCGAAAAGGCUCAGGCUCAGGCUCAGGCUCAGACGCUUGCGCAGAAGCAAGUACAGGAGGAAGCUCCCACUAAAAGUGAAAAGAAAGAGAAGAAGGAUAAGAAGAGGAAGAGGGAUAAAGAUGAAGUAGAGCAGGAGCCGAAGGCAGAGCAGCAAUCAGUCGAGGUUGAACAAGUAGAUGAAACGAGCCAAAUAGAGGGACAGCAGAAAGAUGGUGAUGGUGAAAGAGUCGAAAAGAAAUCGAAGAAGGAGAAAAAGGAGAAGAAGGAUAAGAAGAAGAAAACAAAGCUAGAAAAAGCUUUAGAAGCUGAAACGACAGCGGAGAACAACAGCAAUAAUCAUGCCAAGAGUGGUGAGGAUGAGGGAGGUGCCAAGGGAAUUUUUGAAGAUGGAUUCUUAUCUGACCAAGCUAAGAAGAAUAUCUAUUAUGCCCACCUGUAUUCGAUCUCACGUCAACCUGAUGUAGAAGGAGAAACGGACGGGGUAAAAUGGAAGUUCAGUAAAGCCAAACAGAAUUGGUUAAUCAGAAAUUUCUUCUCUUCCGAAGAGAUACCCGAUAAAUACGUUGAACUGGUUCUCAAUUACUUGAAAACGAUUCAAGGUCUAUCAAAAACCAAUUUGAUCGAAUCAGCCAACAAAAUUAUCAAUCCCCCUGCUGCUCCUGCUACUGCUACCACGGCAGAAGCUGAGGGUGAAGGGCAAGUCAAGGAAGAUGAAGAAACGACACAAGAACAGGAAAAGAAAGAUACCGAACAAGCUGAACAAGUUGUUUUACCUUUACCUGAUUCUGAGAAAGCCCAGUCUGAGCAAAUCAAAGAAGACUUACAAAAAGAAAGAGCAGAGAGGUUAUUAUCUAUAAUGCAAUAA